GCGCCAGUCUGAGUGAAAGUGAUUGUUGAAGCCCGUUCCACAUUUCGAUUUGCUGCGUCGAACGAAAACGACUGGGGCACACGCGCAAACAGUACUGUCAAGAAGUAGAUUCGAACGUCAAUCUACCAGUGUUGGGUGACAUGGCAGACCAGAGUGACAGACAAGACACAGGCAGUGCGGAGAGCCCCUUGUGCCCUGAACCUCAGCUCGAAGUGACUCAAGACCUUGAGCUUUUGGCGCAAGAGAUCGCCGAGGCCGCCGUCGAUUUAGAAGGGAGACCUCGCAGUCCCCGAUCCUCCUGUGUGACCAGACCGAAGACACGUGUAAAGAAAACACCAAAGAAGACACGGUGACUACGAUCGAAGAGCGGAUGGAGGAGGAAGGCACAAAAGAGGAGGACAAACAGCGGUCGGCGAGUCCGGUUGAUGAGACGUCCUGGGUCCUCGUUGACGCCGAAGACGAGAACGGAAGGGCGACGAAGGGGCCGAACGACAGCCCCGACCUCAAAUACAAUCUCCUGAGGAAGUUCCUGGUGGCGGGCGAUCUGCGGCAGAAGCUGACCGACGCGGGUCUUGUCUGCGACGAGGAGGACACCGAAGGGGACGCCGACGAAGGGCUCAGAGAUAGUAUGGUGAUGUCUUGUUCGGAAUCAAUGGUGAUCUGCGACCUCCCGCAGACGGCCGGCGACGAGGAGACGACGUCGCUGCACCUCAAGAACUUCCCUGAUUGCUCCAACAAGUCUGACUGGCGAGGUACUUUCGCGGGAGCCAGGGUGGAGGUGGAGGUGGAACGCAAAGGGGGGCUCCAGGUGGCUGCCGUGAGGGUGUGGCAUGUGGAUCUCCUCUCCGCUCUGGCGUCUCUUCAGAGCCUCGCUAAUACUGCAGGCCUCGUGUCCUACGCUGACGUGGAUGUGACCAGCCUGCUUGCUCGGGCGGCCUGAUAAUGACCUACAGCCCUCCGUGUCUUCCAGCGCCUUCGGAAACAGUGUGCCUUCCUAUCUACCUACCGGUGCCGUGUGCCUCACGAGCGAUGGUGUCAUGACGUCAUGAUUUCGUCAUAACGCCUCUCAUCCAAUCAACGUCCUAUUCUCGGUGACAAUAAGAACUAACCACAGACAACAGCAGAGAAGACAACAUAUGUCGACAAAUGAUGAUUUUAUAAGAAAGUUUGUCGGACAAACAGCUUUGAUUGUUAAUAGAUAACGCCGCUUGGAAAGUAGAGUAGAGGAAAAGCUGCAACUGACGCGUUACGAUCAAACCUUCAUUAGAAUAAUAGGGAAAAAUAAGUUUGCGAAAUAUACAACUAGACGAGAGCUUGAGGAUUCACCUGACUGACACCCGGGACCUGUCGCUCAUUAUAUAUAUUUUUCCCACAAUGAAUUCUGUUUAGUGGAUUUAGAUUAUUAAAAAUGUAAACAUGUUCAUAUUUUACAUGGUCAUUGCAGUCGUGAGUUUUAAACAUAGCUUGUUAAAAUUUCGCUGUCAGUCGUCAAACAUCUGCGCGGGUGUUAUGAUUCACGAUGUAAACACAUCCAAAUUUAUGUAGGCGAGGGGAACUGAAUUUUCUUUUCUCCCUUUUUUUUAAGGAGUACCCUAAAAAAAAGGUGGAAAAUGUUGACCAGCCAUGAGGGAAGGCGGCUGAAUGAAGCACAGGAGCGGGUUUCUUAGGCGUUCAUUAUCCAGAUAUAUUUUUUAAAAAUCAAUAAAAAAUAAUUGCGAUAUACAUUCGUUGCUAUCUUAAAAUG